GUUUUCCGAACGUUUCCUCUUCCUUUUUUUUUUCCCAGAAAAUAGAAAAUAGUAAGACCUAAUCUGUUGUUUUCUCUCUUCCCAAACAGAAUCCACCCUUUUUUUCGAAGCCGGAAAACCAAACGAAGCCCUUCAAACUUUCCGGCGAGAAUCAAAUUCAGAGGAGAAUGGUGGCCCCUGAAAACUCCAAUUAUUGGUCUCACAUCGAUUUUGCACACGAACCCUUUAUCGAUGAUAUCCCUGUCCCUGACGGACAUUUUUCCGGUUUUUCUUGGUCGGUUCAGCCAAUCAACGCUCCUUCUCAUGUUGUCAGUGCGGAAAUUGAUGGCUCAUUUGGGGAUUCUGAUGGGCUUAAAGAAUCUGGUUCAAAGAAGAGAGUUAGACCUGAAGCGGGCAAUGCAUCUAGCUCCAAAGCAUGUAGGGAGAAGUUGCGCAGGGAUAGGCUAAAUGACAAGUUUGUGGAGCUGGGUUCUAUUUUGGAACCUGGAAGGCCUCCCAAAACAGACAAGGCUGCUAUUUUGAUUGAUGCUGUUCGAAUGGUGACCCAGUUACGAGGUGAAGCCCAGAAAUUGAAGGAUUCGAAUUCAAGUCUCCAGGAAAGGAUUAAAGAGUUGAAGGCUGAAAAGAAUGAGCUUCGUGACGAAAAGCAGAGGCUGAAGGCCGAGAAGGAAAAGGUGGAGCAGCAACUCAAAGCCAUGAAUGCACAACCUAGCUUCAUGCCUCCCGCACCUGUAAUCCCUGCUGCAUUUGCUGCUGCCCAAGGUCAAGCAUCUGGGAACAAAUUGGUUCCUUUCAUUAGUUAUCCUGGAGUUGCCAUGUGGCAGUUCAUGCCACCUGCAGCGGUGGAUACCUCACAGGAUCAUGUACUCCGCCCUCCUGUUGCAUAAGCUGGCAACCUACAGUGAUUUGUGUUUGCGUCAAUUGCAUUUUGAUGCAAACAAGUGUAUUCGUUUUGUCAUUGUUCUGGGCUGUUUUAGGUUUUACUGAAGUUUUCUAACUGGAUUUGUUGGGUCACUGUCAUUGUACUCUUAUGAUUUGAUGCUGGUAAUCACAUGUAAAUUUUUAAUAAGUUAGUUUGCCAACCUAUGUUCCUCUGUUCUAUAAGCCUGUAGUUGUAUACGAGUCAUUCAGAUCCACAUUAGCCCUACCAGAAAAGAGGGAAUUUGGAACCAAAUAGAGAAGAGCUUUUAGAACAGAGAAGCAAGCCAUUCCACCUGCUUAGAGAAGCUAGUCAACAAUCCCAAGCUAGCAGGCAAGCUCAAGAAGCUAAAAAAACAGGUUCCAAGUUGAAAUCCCACUCAUUGAUUACUCAACUUUAGCUCUUUCCCAACAAGCUCGUGAUAUCUUUAAAGAUGUCCAUCAAAGGGAAAGGUUCUUUAGUUCAGACUUUAAUUCUUUGUCAUAAUGUUAGCUUAAAAGAAGCUGGAAUUCAAGAUUUUGAACCGUGUCCAUUGAGCCAUGUUGAACGUAUUGACUUGCCUUCAGUUAACAGAAAUAGCAGGAUUUUGAGUUCUGCUGCAGAUGUAGCAGGUUUUUUGGGCAGCAGAGCUUUCGAAUCUUGCUCUUAUAAAAACAAUAGCUGACAGUUUGUAUCCAAAGCCAGCCAUUGGUGCUUUUCAAUCCCAAAUGGGGUUCUGAGGAAGAGAGUGGUUUUGGUGAUUUGAAAGGAUUUGUAUGAUCUUUUGAAUUGAUUUAUUCAUUCAUAGGCUUAGAGUUUAGAGGUGUUUUGAGUAAACAAGGAAAGGAAUGGUUUUCAAGUGUGUGAGAGAUGGGGUUUUGAGUGGAGAGCAAUGGGCGGUUCCUGUUGAAGAUGGUGAAUUGAAGGAAGCUGAGAAUGUGUUGUAUAAUUUGAUGGCUAUCAAUUCACCUAUUACAAAAUCUGCCUUCCUGACAGAUUUGUGGUCUAAUGUUACUG